AUGGCGAUCCAGACGUUUUACCCUAAAUAUAGGCGUUGGGCCGUAUAUACAGAUCUUACUACUAAUGACAGGAAGGACCUUUUUAAAUACUUUUUGGAUUUUUGUAGAUGGGAACCUCAUCAUCACACUCUUGUAGAGAGAAACUUUCAUAGGGGCAAUUAUCGUACAGAAUGGAUUGGAGAGAAAAGCUGGGAGUUAUUGCUGAAGUAUUGGAAUAAAGAUCCACAUUUUAAGAACUGGUCCAAAGCUAACAAGGUGAACAGGGCAUCUAUUGUAGGAGGACAAUUGCACGCACAAGGCUCUGUCAGUACCGCUACCCAUGCUAGAAAUUUGCGAAAUAGAUUGGGUAGAGAUCCUUAUCCGGAAGAGAUCCAUGAUGAAACUCGUUUCAGUCAAAAUCUUUGUUGGUAUGUCGAUGCUCGAGCUAGCAAUACCCAGGUAGCUUAUCGCACGAAUGCAGUAGAGUUUUUGGAGGAGAAUCUUGAGAUUCCAUCAUAUCCAGAAAUUCCCUUCCCCAUUAAACUUCAAUUAUGGGCAAAGGCUGCAGAAAAAGGAAGACCGGAUGGAGGAAAAGGAAGAAAGGGUAGAAUGUACGGUCUUGGGCCGUUAGCCGGCAAUGUGGUACAUGGAGAUUUGUUCAAUGUUCCUCCUCCACUAGAGUUCUCAUCUCGUUAUAGAGAGCUGCCUCUUGAGAUGCAAGCAAUGAUACAACGAAUGAACCAGGAGUUGCAAUCUCAAAAGGAGGCGUUGGCAAAGAAAGAAGAAUCGGAGAAUGAGUUAAGGGAAUUGCUGGCCAUACAGGCAGAGGAAAUGAGAAAACUCAAAAGGAUGGUUACAAAAAGGAUGGGUGGCAUGAAGAGUAGGAAAACAUCGGAAUCAUCGUCGCCAUCGAGUCAAUCAUCACCGUCGGUUCAAGAAGACCGAACACAUGACGACGACAAUGAUGAUGAGGACGAGGACGAGGACGAGGAGAGGGAUGAUGAUCAUAACGAGUAAUUUAUAUUCUUGUUG